CUCACCUGAACACUUGGGGGCGGAAAAGCCUCGGCGAGCAUUUUUUUCUACAAGAGAAGAAGAGCGGCCUGAGUGACGUCACCGGCGUUCUGUGGCAGAGGCUGGAGGAAGAUGGCGGGGUCCAAGGUGAAGCAGGACAUGCCUCCUCCGGGAGGCUACGGCCCCAUUGACUAUAAGAGAAAUUUACCAAAACGAGGACUCUCGGGAUAUAGCAUGUUUGGUAUUGGGAUCGGCAUCAUGGUGUUCGGCUAUUGGAGGCUUUUUACCUGGAACAGAGAGAGGAGGCGCUUACAGAUCGAGGAGCUGGAAGCCAGGAUAGCACUGAUGCCCCUGAUGCAGGCAGAGCAUGACCGCAGGACUUUAAAGAUGCUGAGGGAGAACUUGGAAGAGGAAGCAGUCAUCAUGAAGGAUGUUCCAGGUUGGAAGGUUGGCGAGAGCGUCUUCCACACAGACCGCUGGGUCACCCCUCUGUCAGAGGAGCUGUUCAACCUCCGGCCCCGGGAAGAGCUUCUGCACAAGCGUUUUGGUUUCUUGUGGUACGUCUGAUCACCACAGAGAAGGUGACCUGAGCUCCACCACCUUCCACAGCCAUGUGGUCCUGAGCCUCGCUCACCUCAGCUUGUAAAUGUUCAAUAUUAAAGUAUCAGUUUUUUCUUUA